UUUAGCCGUUGCAAGCCAAAAAUAAAAAGACGAAGCUCGGCGGCAGGUCAAAGUAGUACUGUGGAUCCUCUCAGAGAACAAAGAUACCGGUACCAGUAUCCUCUCAUAUCCCUUCCUAAUAUCUAAUAAAACGUGCCAACCAUCAUCAUGUCUUCUGGUUACAAUGGAUUCUCCAUGCCCGCCGAGUGGGCUCCCCAUGAUGCCUGCUUGUUGCAGUGGCCACACAAUCCAUCCGUUUUUCGACUGACACAAGCCCGACAACAAUUUCUUGGAAUUGCCAAAGCCAUUGCAACGGAGGGGAAGGAAACGGUGGUGAUCUUUUGUCCCAACGAAAAGGAGCAGGCUUUUGUACAAGAAGAACUAAUCAAGAUGGAACUAAAGGAGAGUACAAUUAUCACUCGAGUUUGUCCCAGUGACGAUAGCUGGGCACGAGAUAUGGGCCCUACAUUUGCGCUGUCCAAAAACAACGAACAACGAAUUGGGAUUGAUUGGAACUUCAAUGCCUGGGGAGAAAUAUACCCCGAUUACAAACAGGAUCAACUCGUGGCGGAACGAAUGUGCCAGGAACUCAAGAAGGAAUCCUUUCCUAUGGAUCACCGAAAAGUUCCCAUCGUGUUGGAGGGUGGAUCCAUUCACGUGGAUGGAGAGGGAACCUUGCUGACGACCAAGGAAUGUCUGCUCCAUCCCAAUCGAAAUCCUUCCAAAACACAAGCUCAACUGGAAGCCAUUCUCUGUGAACAGUUGGGUGUCCAGAAAGUUGUUUGGCUGCCGUUGGGAGUGGAUGGAGAUGAAGAUACCAAUGGGCAUGUGGAUAACUUUGCCUGUUUUCUCAAACCAGGUCAUGUCAUUCUCAGUUGGACGGAUGACGAAGAGCAAGACAAGGUCAACUACGAACGAUGCCGAGAAGCUUUAAGUGUUUUAGAGCAGGAAACCGAUGCUCAGGGCCGGUCACUCACUGUGCAUAAACUGUAUUUGCCACCACCAAUGUUCUACACGAAAGAGGAGGUCAAGGGCCUGAAGCACACAUGGGGGCUGUUCGCACCCAGAAAGGUGGGUGAACGUAUGGCAGGAUCGUAUGUCAACUUUUACGUUGCCAACCAAGCAGUGAUUAUCCCGCAAUUUGGUCACGCGGAUACCGAUCAGAAAGCUGUGGAUACCCUGAAAGAUCUGUUUCCCAAUCGCAAGGUUGUGGGUGUUCCCAGUAAGGAGAUCCUCAUUGGUGGAGGCAACAUCCAUUGCAUCACACAGCAACUUCCAAAGUGCUCUAGCUAG